AUGGCUGCCAAUUUCUGGACGUCGUCCCACUACAAACAGCUUUUCGACCAGGAAGAUGUGGAUGUGGUCUUCCCACUUGAUAAAGAGAAAGGCAUCACUCUUGAAGACUUCAAGCUCAUAAAGAUGCAUAUGGCCAGCUAUAUAUCAAAAUUGGCACAACAUGUAAAAGUGAGGCAAAGGGUUGUAGCUACUGCAGUUACAUAUAUGAGACGAGUGUACACCAGGAAGAGUAUGUCCGAGUAUGAUCCACGUCUUGUAGCUCCAACCUGCUUGUACCUGGCAUCAAAAGCAGAAGAAAGCACGGUGCAGGCUAAACUUCUCGUAUUUUACAUCAGAAAAAUAUAUUCUGAUGAGAAGUAUAGAUAUGAGAUCAAAGACAUACUGGAAAUGGAAAUGAAGAUUCUAGAAGCUCUCAACUAUUAUUUAGUUGUAUAUCAUCCUUAUCGUUCAUUGUCUCAGUUGCUUCAAGAUGCAAGCUUAAACGAUAUAAGUAUGACUCAGUUAACUUGGGGAGUAGUAAAUGACACAUACAAGAUGGAUCUUGCACUCGUACAUCCUCCACACCUGAUUGCUUUAGCUUGCAUAUACAUUGCGAGCGUACUUAGAGAGAAAGAUACCACAGCAUGGUUUGAAGAGCUCCGUGUGGACAUGAAUGUGGUGAAAAACAUAUCAAUGGAGAUAUUAGAUUUCUAUGAAAACCACCGAAUGAUCCCGGAAGAGAGGUUUAAUGCUGCUCUCAACAAGCUAGCCUUCAAACCCUAG